CCUUAGUUUGUUUUGUUUUGUUUUUCAUUGUAUAUAUUUUUGCUGGGAAUCACGAUUUUUGCACCAAAAUAAACACCCUGGACUGAAUUAUUCUACAUCGUCAUUGAUUUUACACCCUCACCGCCGGUACACCCUAACAAGUGGUGUCAGAAGUGGGAUAAGUACCGGUCAAGUGACGUAUGGGAAGAUUGCCUUGGCUGUCAUGCCUCCCAAACUAAGGAGUCAGCCUGGGGAAGGCACAGUUCAGGAUGUGGACCAGGGUGCCAUAGGAGGUGACCCAGAGGCAAGUGAGCAACCUGCUGAGGUUCCGUCUGCUGGAGGGGAUGCUGCAGUUAUGGCUCUUUCACGGAUGUUUGAGUCCUUCAUGCGGUAUCAGCAAGAGCGGGAUGAACGGCAGGAACGAGAAACAGUUAGACGAGAGCAAAACUACAAAGUUCUCGGUCAUCAAGUCACCCAAAUGCAGCUGGAUAUGGAGCGUUCCCGACUUUCAGGUACAGAUCGUGAGGGGGCAGCUGCCAGGGUUAAAAGCCAGGAGCCAAGAUUGGCCAGGCUUGAGGACAAUGAUGACAUAGAACACUUUUUGACCACUUUUGAGAGACUGGCGGAAGUUUACCAGUGGCCGAGAGAAGAAUGGGCCAUACGCCUAAUACCCCUGCUUACAGGCAAGGCCAGGAGUGCUUUUGUGGCCAUGAAUCCAUCCUUGACACAGGAUUAUGACCAGCUGAAGGAAGCCAUACUGAAAAAGUAUGAGAUCAGCACUGAGACCUAUCGGUUAAGAUUCCGUUCAUUAACUACCCCUGUGAAUGAGUCACCCCAAGAACUCUACACUCGUCUUAAAGAUCUGUUUUCCAAGUGGGUCCAGUUCAACCAGAGCAGCAAAGACAACAUUAUGGAGGCUAUGGUGCUUGAACAGUUUCUGCGGGUGUUAUAUCCAGAGGUGAGGACCUGGGUCAAGGAACAUAAUCCAAUCACUGCUGGGCAGGCUGCUAACCUGGUGGAGGCCUAUAUUUCUGCAAGGAAGGGUUCAGGACAUUUCCAAUAUGCUGGCGUCCUGCAGGCCACCAAGGGUAAGUCUGAGGGUAUGGGGGCGUGGUCAAGCUCUAAAAGCCAAGCUAAGAUUCUGAAAGCAACAUACAGUGAACCCACAACAUCUGUUUCCCUACCUCAACCCAUAGUCAAAAGUGAAGUUGUGUGUUUUAAUUGUGGUGAGCCAGGGCAUACUAGACCACAUUGUCCCUUGAAAAAGCCUAAGACAGCAAGUCUUUGUUACGUUCCACGGCUAGUACCGUAUGCAACUCCUAAACGUGAUUUAGAGCCAGUUGUCACUGUUUUGUUGAAUGGGAAACCACUCCCAGCUUUGGUAGACACAGGUUGUGCCCACACAUUGGUAGAGGCCAAAUAUGUACCCCGAGAUAGCUGGAGUGAGGAGGAAACUGUGACUGUUUGCUGUGUCCAUGGGGACAGUACUAAGUUGCCAAAAGCUGAAGUCUACAUUGAAGUGCAUAGUCAGCCAUAUCUUAUGAAGGUUGGAGUAGCUCAGAGACUGCCAUACCCCAUUUUGCUAGGCACAGAUUUGCCAGUGUUGGUUGAUUUGUUACAGGAGACUGCAUGGUGUGGAAUAGUAACAAGGGCUCAGGCUAAGAAACAAGAACAGAACACACCAUUCCAAGAAGCUGAGGAGGCACUGCAAUCCAUGCCUUUUUUUUCUGAGGAUAUUGUCCCAGGGCCAAAACCUACAGCAGAGGAUAGGCUGCAGCUACGUAGAGAGUGUGUGGAAAGUUUGAUGGGGACCACAGAACAAGCUGAGGUAGAGGCCGAGGAACCUGACUUGAGUGAUAUAGACCUUGUCAUUCCAAAUAAUCUAGCUAAGCUCCAGAAUGAUGAUUCCACCUUAGCUGACUGUUUAAAGCAGGCACAGAAUAAGGUAGAUGUUUCUUUGGACGAGAGGUUUAUACUGGAUAAUGGACUCUUGUACAGAGAAAGUAAAGAAGACGGGAUGCAGUUGGUUGUACCCCAGACACAGAGAAGGGAGGUAUUAGAGCUAGGACACUCAAUUCCCUGGGCAGGUCACUUGGGAUUUAUGAAAACCUUAAUGCGGAUUGCAAAGAGGUUUUAUUGGCCCAGAAUGUACAGUGAUGUGAAGGAGUUCUGUAAGACAUGCCCUGAGUGUCAGCUUGCUGUUGGUCACACCCCUGCUCAUGCCCCACUUAUUCCAUUACCUGUUGUGGACGUUCCCUUUGAAAGAAUAGGGGUGGAUAUAGUUGGCCCACUGGAAAGAAGUCAGGCAGGGAACAGAUUCAUUUUAGUAAUUUGUGACUAUGCUACAAGGUACCCUGAGGCUUAUCCCCUUAGAGAGGUCACUGCCAAACAGAUAUCCACAGCCCUGUUGAGAUUAUUUUCACAAGUGGGCAUACCCCGAGAGGUUCUCACAGACCAAGGACCCAACUUCAUGAGUCAUACCCUACACCAGGUAUAUCAAUUGCUAGGGAUUAAGAGAGUCCGAACCACCCCGUAUCACCCUCAGACUGAUGGGCUGGUCGAGCGUUUUAACCAGACCCUAAAAGCCAUGCUCAAAAAGUUUGUCUCUGAAACGGGCAGAGACUGGGACAAGUGGCUGCCGUUCCUUCUUUUUGCCUAUCGGGAGGUACCCCAGGCCUCCACAGGAUUCUCGCCUUUUGAGCUCCUUUAUGCCCAUCCGGUGAGAGGUCCCUUGGAUGUGCUGAAAGAGAGCUGGGAAGACUCAAGCCCGAAAGAACUUGCUCCAUUCCCAAGCCCAGCAGAAAGAAUGGUAUGACAAAGCAGCCCGAACACGCAGUUUCAAUCCUGGUGAUAAGGUCCUCUUGUUGUUGCCAAC